AUGGCGGACGACGACUCGAAGACUGUGGGUGGCCACAUCGGCGUUGUCGGCACCGGCGCAUUGGGACUCCUCGCAAUAAAGAACCUCAAGGAGCAAAACCUCAAAGUAACCGCGUUUGAGCAAAAUGAUCACCUCGGUGGGCUAUGGCACUUCUCGCCCAGACUAGAUCAAGUCACCGCACUUCCAAUGACAUCUUUCAACACCUCAAAACAGAUGGCGCACAUCACAGACUUCCCCUUCGCGGAUGAUGAUGCAACACACCCCACUGCGAAAAGUAUCGAACGGUACCUCGAAGCUUACGCAAAGGAAUUUGAUCUUCUGCCUCAUAUCAAGUUCUCCACCAAAGUCAACAAAGUAGAACGAGAUAACGUCAACGGGAAAUGGGUCAUACAUACGCUCAACACACUCCCAGGCAUGGAGACCGGUCUUCAAAAGCAUGUGUUCGAUCGAGUUGUGCUGGCCACUGGAAUCGUCAAUACUCCAAUGAUGCCAUAUAUCAAAGGCAUUGAAAAGUUCGAGGGAGAGGCCAAGCACUCGAUUGAAUUCAAGGACCCAUACAGAUACUCGGGCAAAAACGUUCUGCUCAUCGGGAUUGGGGCUACAAGUGCUGACACGCAGUCGUUUCUCAAGAAGGCAAAUGCUCGCUCAAUCACAAUCAGUCAUCGUCAGCAGUUCUAUCUGGUCCCAAAAAUGGUCCGGGGUAACGCUUUCGACCACAGCAUGACGCGCCGUGCCCUCACAAUCUUCCGAAGUCUAGGUGAUUGGUGGCCGAGGGCUUGCGCCAUGGUCUUCACAAACGCUUUGGAUAGCGCCCGAAGGAAAGCAUAUCCCUGGCUCAGCAAACAUCCGUCGUUUGUGGCUCCCCGGGUUCUCGCAAGCGCAGAGCAUCGGAUUCCGGUUCUAUCAAAUGACCUCGCUGAGAACUUGAGGGACGGUAUCACUCGUACUGUUCCUGGGGUGAAGGAAGUUACUGGGCCCAAAUCGGUCACUUUCACAGACGGUACAGUUCUAGACGACAUUGAUGCCAUCAUCAUCUGCACGGGAUAUGAAUACGACUUCUCGCGCAUCAACGCAACUCGAUUCAAGGACCCUCAUGUCCAAUUCGCUCGCUUGUAUCGAGGGUUUCUGUCAGAGGAGUAUCCUGAAUCACUUGCGUUCAUCGGCCACUUCUUCAUCCUGAAGGCGCCAUUUGUGUUCAAUGACCUCGUCACGAUGGCGCUCGCUAGUCUCUGGAGCGGAAAGGUUUCUCUCCCCUCCGCCGACGUGAUGACGCAAGACAUCAACAAACACUACGACACCGUUGUGGAUACCCUCGGACGCGGGCCGCUACCCCACCUAGGAUUUAGGAUGUUCGGCAGCGACACUUACACAUGGUUGAACAAGGUUGCAGGAACCGGGGUGACGGAGAGGGUUGGCUGUUUCAGUAGGGAGGCCUGGAAGCUUUGGUGGAGCGACCGAAAAUUCUACAACUUGCUCAUGGACGGUGCCGAUUCACCGGCGGUCUACCGGCUUUUCGAGACGGGGCGGGGCCGGAAGGCUUGGCCGGGGGCCCGCGAUCAAAUUUUGAAGGCUAAUAGGGAGGUGAAGGAAAUGAGCGAGGAGUGGAUGAAGAAGAACGGUGCAAAAUCAAAGUAA